AUUCAGGAACUAAAUAGCUUUAACUAUAUGGACCUUUACAAACUUGCUGACCUCUUUAACCUCACCUUGCUGGAAGAGGCCAUUGUAAAUUUCCUUGUGAAGCACUUGGCUGAUCUUCUGAAGAGUCACUACGACGAUGUCCUGAAACUUCCAUAUCGUCUUCUUCGGGAUGUUCUGAAGAGUGACCGACUGACUUCCCUAAGUGAAGAACAGAUCUGGCAGCUUGCUGUAAGGUGGCUGGAGCACAACUGCCAUUACCAGUACAUGGCUGAGAUACUCCAAUGUGUCCGCUUUGGCCUUAUGGAUGUCGAUGCACUUCAUGCUGUUGUCCUGUCGAACCCACUUGUCAAAAACAGUGAACAUGCAAUGGCACUUAUUAGUGAAGCCCUGGAAUACCAUCAGAAUAUCUAUGCACAGCCUGUAUGGCAAACGAUGAGGACAAAACCUCGUUGCCAGUCUGAAACACUAUAUAUUAUUGGUGGAAAGAAACGAGAAAUCUGUAAAGUAAGAGAACUGAGGUACUUCAAUCCUGUGGACCAGGAGAAUGUCCACAUAGCUGGAGUAUCAAACUGGAGUGAACUGGCACCCAUGCCGGUAGGGAGAAGCCAUCAUUGUGUGGCAGUGCUUGGCGACUUUUUGUUUGUUGCAGGUGGAGAGGUAGAACAUCCAUCAGGGCGCACUUGCGCAGUAAGGACAGUUUGUCGAUAUGAUCCACGCAGUAACAGCUGGACUGAAGUAGCACCUAUGAAAAACUGCCGAGAGCAUUUUGUACUGGGAGCUCUGGAUGAGUGCCUAUAUGCAGUAGGGGGUAGGAAUGAACUGCGCCAGGUCUUGCCCUCAGUAGAAAGAUAUUGCCCGAGGAAGAACAAGUGGACUUUUGCUCAGCCUUUUGAUCGUUCUUUGUCCUGUCAUGCAGGCUGUGUGGCUGAUGGCCUUCUUUGGAUAUCAGGUGGUGUGACUAACACAGCUCAGUAUCAGAACAGACUGAUGGUAUAUGAUCCAGUCCAGAACGACUGGAUCAGUCGUAGUCCUAUGUUGCAGAGGAGGGUGUAUCAUGUCAUGGCAGCAGUGAACAGAAAACUUUACGUUUUAGGGGGCAAUGACUUGGACUACAGCAAUGAUCGCAUUCUAGUAAGGUACAUAGACUCUUACAGCAUAGACAACAACCAGUGGACACGCUGUACAUUCAGCCUUCUCACAGGACAAAAUGAAUCAGGAGUUGCUGUACACAAUGGCAGGAUUUAUGUUGUUGGUGGAUAUUCGAUAUGGACAAAUGAGCCUUUGGCUUGUAUCCAGGUGCUUGAUGUCAGUAAAGAAGGCAAAGAAGAAGUGUUUUAUGGGCCUACACUUCCUUUUGCUUCCAAUGGAAUAGCGGCAUGCUUUCUUGCAGCUCCGUAUUUUACAUCUCCCAACCUUCAGACCCUUCAAGUGCCUCACCACAGAAUUGGUGCUGUGUAAACAGAAACAGUAUAGGAGUGCUCAUAAUGGGCAUGAUCAUCUCACAGACGGAUAACAAGCAGGCAUGGUGUUUAUAUUUUUCCAAAGAAACAAGUAUAUCCUACCAAAUUGUACUGUGACUCUACAACAAAGAGGGACUUCAGACACCUAAAUAACUGUAUAAAAGAAGAAGAAGCAGAGAAAUCAUUUUUGUGGGACUGUUAAUACACUAUCACACAGAGAACAAUGAACUUUCUCAAACAUGAUCAACACCAGUGGUGUUUUAGAUGUGACAUUGAAAAACAAUUAUCUAUCUGUAAUGUUCAUUGUUCUGGUUUUCUGGCAGCAGUAUGAUCAACUGUGAUUGGUUAAUGGACUUCUUUAAUAUCCUUUUGUUUAUCACAGGAAUACCUACUCAACCAUUUUAGCUACUGCGUGACUGAAAGGUUGAAAACAUAGUUACAAAGACCUUCAGGGUCAGUGCUCAAAACAGAUGCAAUUUUUAUACUUCAAAAAUGACAAUAUGCAAUUUCUGAUUUUUUUUAAAUUAAGUAUUAUCAGGUGACAGAAGAAACAGCACACAAAAAAACAAAAGCUUACUCCUGAUGAAUGAAUAUUAGUAAAACGUUAGUAUAAGCUGUUAUGAAAAAAAUCCUGAUUUUUUUUUUUUGAAAUAUAAUAAAUAUAACCAGAGUUUAAAACAUGUCUCUUUGUUCAGGGCUAGCUCUGAUUUAGAAAAAAAAAUUCUAAAGUUUCCUGUGAAAACAAUCUUUGUAUUAUUCUGUUGUGGUGUGCAAGUAAUUACAUUUUUGUUAACCAAGCCUCCAUUCCUAGCUUUCCCUAUCACCCCCCUCCCCUUUGCUGCUGGCAUUCUACUGUAUUGGCUUAGUUAUAAAAAACUUGAAAUGUGACAGUUGCUAAAUUCGGGUAACUGUAACCAUUAACCAAAUAUGAAAGGAUAAUGUAAUUUUGUUUGCAGAAUAGAUUACAGGAGCUGACACUUUCAUCGUAACUGACACCUGACUUUAAAGUUACUUUUAUGAAUAAGAGAUGUAAUUGAGGAAUAAGAAAUAUAAAUUUGUGGAUAGCUAUGAAGUGCAUAGUACUUUUGAGUCUACAGCAAUUACCAGAACCUAUACAAUUUAUCUAAUCACAGUGGAACUGUGAAUCUUCUAUUAAAUUGUAGAAAAUGAUCAUUUAUAGUAUCAUACACGAAGCCUCUAAAAAUAAUGGAUAUAGUACACUGAUAAGCAAAAAAUGUGUUUGUGUGUGUGGGUGUGUGUGUGUAUGUGUGUGUGUGUGUGACACAGAGACAGGGAGAGAGACAAUAGGUGGUUAACAUUCUGUACAGAGUGUAAUUAAAACUUCUCUUCUACCCUGGUUUCCACUUAUGGAGCAAAUGUAGUAGGCUUAAUUUCCAUUCAAAACUGGCUAAGAACAAAAUCACAAGUUUGAUAUACAAAACACGUCAGAAUGGUGCAUUUUAAAUCAAAACAUUGCAAAAUACUACCUUUUUCCAAUAUAUUCUAUAUGGAUGCAAUUUCACACAAUAGUGUGGCUGUACAGUGAUUGUUUCUAUAAGGACCAGUUAAGAUCGAAUCACAUCAGAACUUACUUCUUGCCAGUGAAUUGAACAUACUGUCCACUAUUUCUCUUUGUAAGAUUAAAAAAAGGAAACAAAAAUAAUGCUGUAACAAAACUGAAAAGAACAGACAGUCAGCAGCAAAAAUAGUAUUACAGCUGUUACUUACCUCUUUUCUGGUUUCCUUCUCUCUCAUUGUGCUACCUGCCCCUGUCCCACUACAAGGUGAUAACUUUAAUCCGUAUUAGCAUGUUUAUUGAUGUUGUGAUUACCAGUGAGGUUUAUUCUUCAGGUUGUGUUACUACACUUUAAAAUAUUUACGAGUAUCAGAAAACAUGCACUAUGCACACACACACA